AUGUCAAGUAUAUUUACGGACACUGAGAUGAAUGAGCAAUACCAGGAGGACGAUGACUUUAACCAACAAGAAGAGCUAGUAAGUGACCAAGAUAUGAUGGAUGAACAGAAUGAAUUCGAACAAGAUUUCAGAGAUGAAUUUACUGAGGGAGCGUUUUUUUCUGAAUCUGAUCAGUCAGAAGAUAUCCUUAAAGCCGCUUAUGCGGUUGACUCCGUGCAAGACAUUACAACUUUGAAAUUUAGUGAGAAUUUUGCGGAGGAAAUUGGCAAAUACCACUUUUCUACUUUGCAGCUUGCAUUUGAUUUUUAUAUGAAGUACUCAAAGUCGAAGGACUUUAGUGCAAGGAAGAGCAAGACCUUCAAGAAUAGUACUGGCGAGAUUUACAAACAAAAGUUUGUAUGUCAUAGGCAAGGAUUCAGGAUGGAGAAAUAUUACACGAUAGAAAAAAGGAAGAAGGAGCCUAGAUUGAAAACAAGAACUGGAUGUGAAGCCCGAAUGGAUGUUAAAUUUGUACCAGAAAGUGGAAGGUGGCAUAUCUUUUAUUUCUCUGAUGAACACAACCAUGAUCUAUUGGAUACACAGUUCAGUGCUAUGUUGCCUGCCCACAGAAAAAUGUCAGAGGCAGAUAUUAUGCAAAUGAUGAACAUGCUAAAGUCAGGGAUUAGCACCUCACAGAUAUUUGGUCUUCUAGCUAGUCAAGCAGGCGGGUACGAAUUUGUUGGCUAUGGUCCCAGAGAUAUGUACAAUGAGAUUGCUCGGCAAAGGCGUCAAAUUCCUGGUGAUGCAGCACGAGUGUUGAAGAAGUUGGAGGAUAUGCAGUUGAAGGAUCCACAAUUAUAUUUCAAGGCAUGUCAUGAUUCAAGAGGUUUGUUACAUAAUUUGUUCUGGUCUGAUGGGAUUAGCCAACUAGACUACCGACUCUUCGGGGAUGUUAUUGCUUUUGAUGCUACGUAUAAGAAGAACAAGUAUAGUUAUCCAUUAGUCAUAUUCAGUGGGGUUAACCACCACAACCAAACAAUUAUUUUUGCUGCUGCGUUAAUUGUGGACGAAACUACUGAUACAUAUAUUUGGCUCCUGCGUCAGCUCAUGUUUGCAAUGAGGGGCAAGACCCCAAUCUCAAUCAUAACUGAUGGGGCCAUGGCGAUUAGGAAUGCAGUGAGAGAUGUAUUUUCCGAAGUCAGACAUAGAUUAUGCGCUUGGCACCUUAUUCGAAAUGCAACUAGCAAUGUUGGAAAUCCAUCGUUUACAUCUAAGUUUAGAAAAAUCAUGUUGGGAGACUACGAGAUUCCUGUGUUUAAGCGUAAGUGGGUUUAG